ACUGGGACAGAAGCACAGAAGGGAGAGUCGACCAGCUCAACACAACACAACACAGCACUGAGAGAACAACUCAAGAUGCUUUGUCCAAGCACAUUUCAGCCUCAUCUUGGCCCACUGAUGGACUUCAACUGGCCAGUGCGCAGUCUCUGGCCAGAAACGAGACCUCUGUUUUAUCAGAUUGAACAAGAAAUGAUGAGACACAUGCAGGAAAUGAGACACAACCUGGAAUUCAUGGAACGCUUGCAUCAAAGGAUUUUUGACCAGAUUGACCAUGCUCCAUCCAUGACGACUUUCAAACCAAUCUCAUUCAAGCUUGCCAAGGAAGGAAACCGCUUCGCACUGUCAUUAGACACUAAAGAUUUCUCUCCGGAGGAGCUGUCGGUCAAACAAGUGGGCAGGAAGUUACGUGUAAGCGGCAAAACAGAGAAAAAACAGGAUGAUGGGAAAGGAUCAUACUCGUACAGAUGCCAGGAAUUUAGGCAGGAGUUUGACCUUCCUGAAGGUGUGAGUACUGACGGAGUGACCUGUUCUUUGCUAAAUGGCCAGCUGCAGAUACAAGCACCCAAGGAAGCUUCUGCCGUGAGCAAUGAGAGAGUGAUUCCUAUUACAUGCACACCUGCUGUGAAGAGUCCUGCUCCUCAGAGUCCUGCUCCUCAAAUUUCUGCUCCUCAGAGUCCUGCUCCUCAGCCUGAGAGCCAGGCGGAGGCUCCUGAGUCUACCAAAAAAUAACUGUUAUUCCCGACAAAUGGUGUCAGCCCCAAUGGAACAAAUAACUCAAUGGAAAUCUGAUAUAUAGCUCAGAAAUAAAAUAAAGUGCUUUUCUGACCUAUAUGUUUUAAGUGACCAGCAUUUUGUAGCAUACUUCCACAUUAAUUAUACUGACUAAGAAUUGUAUUAACAUUCACAAGAACGUAAUUCAGUUUAGUUCAUUUGUAUUUUAAUAUUAUAUUUGAUUUUGUCAAAUUGUAAAAUUAUGUCCUUGUCUAAAGCUUAUUUUGUGUACAUCUAAUAAACUGAAAAUCAAUGAUGUUGAA